CACUUUCUAAAUCAGACUGUACAGUGAAUAUGGCGUGUGGCUAUAGACAUAGAGCUGCCCCAAAAACAAACUAGAAUUUAUAUUUCCUAUCCGUUUUUGUAGAAGACAGCUGGAUCAUACAGUUCUCGUGUAGUACGACAUAUGUCCGCUGAGUGGUGAAUCUGAUUUAAUCUUGUUCCUUUUUUUAUUUUACCUUUUUUUCUGAGCUGGCGGGAGAGCACUUGCUAAAGCUGGAAGGGGCGGGUGCUAGCAGCUAAGCUAGUUGGCGUUAGCAACACAGUACCACACACCGACCACGGGAGAAGCUUGCUAGAUGACAUCAGCAGCCAAACAGAUUUUACAUUUUUUCCUUUUAUUUGCUUUUCCCCUUUGAUUAACUGUUCAAUUUUUAUUCUGAAAUUAAUACCCAACAAGCUAGCUAACUGACAACAGUCACAAUGUCUGAUAAUCAGAGCUGGAACUCUUCGGGUUCAGAGGAAGAUUUAGAAACAGAGUCAGGACAGCCUGUUGUUGGGUCAGCAGAGUCCGGGGGAAUCCUCAGCAAGUGGACGAACUACAUUCAUGGCUGGCAGGACCGUUGGGUGAUGUUAAAGAACAACACGCUGAGCUACUACAAGUCCCAGGACGAGAGGGAGUUUGGCUGCAGAGGGUCCCUCUGCCUCAGUAAAGCUGUCAUCACUCCACAUGAGUUUGAUGAGUGUCGUCUGGACAUCAGUGUGAACGACAGCGUGUGGUACCUGAGGGCCCGGGACCCCCAGCACAGGCACCAGUGGAUCGACUCCAUCGAGCUGCACAGGGCUGAGUCAGGGUACGGGUCAGAGUCCAGUCUGAGACGUCAUGGCUCCAUGCUGUCCCUCACCACAGCCACCAGCGGCUACUCCACCACCUCCACCUCCUCCUUCAAGGGCCACAGUCUGAAGGAGAGGCUGGCUGAGAUGGAGACGUUCCGGGACAUUCUGUGCCGCCAGGUUGACACACUGCAGAAGGUCUUUGACGGCUGUGCAGACGUGUCCAAGGACGAGCUGCACAGAGACAGGAUGGUGGAGGAUGAUGAGGAUGACUUCCCCAGCACUCGGACGGACGGGGAGUUUGUGCACAACAACAACGGCAGCAAGGAGAAGCUGUUCCAGUCCUCUCUGAGCCCCAGGGGCAUCAACGGGAUUGACUUCAAGGGCGAGGCGAUCACCUUCAAGGCCACCACGGCAGGCAUCCUGGCCACGCUGUCGCACUGCAUCGACCUCAUGGUAAAGAGAGAGGACAGCUGGCAGAAGAGGCUGGACAAGGAGAUGGAGAAGAGGAGGAGGAUAGAGGACAGCUAUAAAUCCGCCCUCACCGACCUGAAGAAGAAGUCUCACUUCGGAGGGCCGGAUUACGAGGAGGGUCCCAACAGCCUGAUCAACGAGGACGAGUUCUUUGACGCCGUGGAAGCCGCCCUGGACAGACAAGACAAGAUCGAGGAGCAGUCCCAGACAGACAAGUCCAGGAUACAGAGGUCCAGUCCUGUCCCUACAGGAGACGUGUAUUCCACCACAGGCUCGCACAGAUACGCUGACAAGACCCGCAGUCACUCCUCCUCUCCUCUGAUAGUCACCGCCCCCCCUCACGACGUCCACAGAUUCAGCGCAGAGGUGGAGGAGAUGGUGCAGAACCACAUGACCUACUCCCUGCAGGACAUGGGUGGAGAUGCCAACUGGCAGCUGGUGGUGGAGGAGGGAGAGAUGAAGGUGUACCGGCGGGAGGUGGAGGAGAACGGGAUUGUGCUGGACCCCCUGAAGGCCACCCACUCUGUGAGGGGGGUGACGGGCCACGAGCUGUGCCACUACUUCUGGGACACGGAGUACCGCAACGACUGGGAGACCACUAUCGAGAACUUCAACGUGGUGGAGCCGCUGUCAGAAAGUGCUGUGAUUGUCUAUCAGACGCAUAAGAGGGUGUGGCCGGCGUCUCAGAGGGACGUCCUGUACCUGUCUGCCAUGAGGAAGAUCCUGGCCAACAACGAGAACGACCCCGACACCUGGCUGGUGUGCAACUUCUCUGUGGACCACGACAACGCCCAGCCCACCAACAGGUGUGUCCGUGCCAAAAUCAACAUCGCCAUGAUCUGCCAGACACUGGUCAGCCCCCCGGAGGGCGACAAAGAGAUCAGCCGAGACAACAUCCUCUGCAAGAUCACCUACGUAGCCAAUGUGAACCCUGGAGGCUGGGCCCCGGCCUCCGUCCUGCGGGCGGUGGCUAAGAGGGAGUACCCCAAGUUUCUGAAGCGCUUCACCUCCUACGUCCAGGAGAAGACCGCUGGCAAGCCCAUCCUCUUCUGAGGCGGACAGAAUACCUGGCCUUGCCAGUGACUGGCCUGAGCACAACUCCUCACCCUGGGCUCCAGCGCCCCCACCAGGCCCUAAGGACACACUGCACCUCCGAUCCCCCUGACAACAGACUGUUGAUGACUUCUCUUCCCUGACGGCCGCCGUCAUUGUUCCUCACGCGAACUCCUAGGCUAGCCUUUCAUCCUACCGUUUGCUUCGUUGAUAGCUCCUAUUGCUAGCUCCCGUGCUAGACUUUAAGCUGGUUUCCCCCCUAGCGGUAAUGCUAAUUAUCAUGCUAGCAUCGAUGCUAACUUUCGAGGGUAGCCAAAUGUCAGCUCUAUGGUUGGGGGGGGGGUUCCUGACAGAGAUAUAUCGAUGUAAUAUAUAAAUGUACGUAUGUGUUAUAAGAUGUUUAUAAGAAAGACACCUUCCUGGCUAGUAACAGACAGAACUGGUGGCUAUAUUUUAGUCUUGCGAUUAUAGUCGUCUUUUUUCUUCUUUUUUUUU